UUUAACACCUUCAUGACAAGAAUGUCUCGCGAUGAGGCACAGAUGUUUGAGGGCCAAAUACAGAAGACGGUGAAGGCCUUCUUUCCCGGCCUCUGCUCCAUUAGCUGGAUGCAACGGCAGCAGACGGGCGCCCUUCUGGCCAAAUGCAACAUCAUAGUGCGCACAGUGCAAGACCAAGUCACCCAGUACUUGAAUGUCAACCAGAAUCUCUCAAGCAUUCUCAUGAAAACUAAAGAAUUGGCUCUAUACACCAACGAUGGCGAAAAGGUCUACCAGAACGACGAAUUUCAGGAAGACCUUAUUAACCAGCUCGACACCACAAUUAAUAUUGUGAAGACGGAGUUUCUUCAAAUGGAAGAUAUACUGGAUACCUUGUACAAGAAGUUAAUAAACAGAUCCAUCGCCAAGUCUGAGGAGGCGUGGUUUGCAUAUGUGUUAAGAAUUGACAAUCUCCUCUUGGACUGCCAGAAAGAAAUUUUGAGGAAAUCUCUCUUGUCAUUUGAGGGGAUGUUAAUGGGCUCCAGAAGUUGCCCUACAGAACAACUUGCCUCGGUUUUUAAGCUUUCAAUUAGUCUCACAAACACCAAAAUCGUAUGCAAGCCCUCAGUAAAUCGAUUACUAAAAAUUGUGAAUUCCCUUAAAACUCAGUUUUCCGAGAGUCUGGUAAAAAUACCAUGUCUUCUUCGGCGCUUUGCUCUUGAAAAGGCUAAAGCUCACAACCAUUUGGAAACUCUCGAUGACGAACUUUGUGAUAAGCUACAGAAAAAGUUGUCGGUUGAGUUCCAGAUGCAAGUAGAUAACUUGAAAGAUAAAUUGGAGCAGUGGCAGGAGUACCGCGAUUUGUGGGAGGUGAAUAGAAAAGAAUUCUUCGAACACUACCUCAAAAGUGCCAAGUCUGUCUAUGUGUUCGAGACGGAUAUUAUGACAUUUGAAAAGAAAGUGAGAGAAAUCGAAAAUGUUGACGAUCAUUUGAAAGUUGGGACAUUCUACAUCAAUUCUGUAAAGUUGAAGAAACAGCUCAUUAAACUUUGCAGGUCUUGGAUAUCAGAGUUCGAAGACAAUCUUUAUAAGAUAGCCUCACAUAAACUGGAAUCAUUGUACACUUAUAGCAAAGAAACAAGAGUCUUACUCACAAGCAAUCCACAAGCCAUACCUUCUCUUCUCUCUUCUGCUGAGGAAUGUCAUUUAGCGAGACAGCAACUAAUGAAUUACAGGAAUGAGUUCGAGCCUGUCCGAGAGCAGUUCGAGGUAUUAAAAAAGUAUCAUUACAAGUUCCCUUCGAGUGUAAACAAACGUUUAGCUCAGUUGGAGGACGAAUGGGACGCUGUGGAGUCCUCGCUAACUAACAAGAUACUUGAGCUGAACACGGCACUCGAUACCUACAGGAAGGCAUACACCGACCGCUCAGAAUUAGUCAUGGAAGAAGUUGAGGGUCUUAAGGUGCAGUUCAGGCAAAUGCUGCCGACUAGAUGUGACAAAACGGUUUUAGAGGCAACUGAAAACAUUGGAAAGCUAAACUGUAUGAUGAGAGACAUUGUCAAUAAGUUGGUUAUUAACGAGACUUUGGAGCUCCUGUCACUUCCAGUGAUUGAAUUUCUGGAACUCGCAGCCUUUCAGCAUGACCUUGUGUCCGUAGAGAAAAUGUGGAAACUAGUGGAGGAGUGGCAGAAGACCUGGGACACUUGGGCGGCAAUAGUUGUUUGGGAAGUAAGUGCGGUUGCACUUCAGGACACGUUAUCUACUUAUGGUCACAAAAUAAGGGCAAUACAGCCUUUUGCUGCUUGUGCUGAAGGCGACUUUGAGGACAGAUCUGCUCUGGGAGAGAGUGAAUGGGAGUUUAAGGAGGAAAUUUUAUCUAGAAUAGAAUUAUGCAAGCUUUUAGUGCCUCUUACGCUAAAUCUACAAAACGCCAAUCUUAAAGACCAUCACUGGUCUCAGAUAAAGUCUCUCGUCAAGACGGAAUUUGAUAAAGAUUCAGAAGCGUUCACUCUUGGGUUCCUCCAGAAGCUCAAUUUAACAUCAUACAAAAAAGAAAUGACUGCCAUCAUGAUAGAUUCAACAGAAGAGACGAAGAUUGUUAAUGACAUCCAAGAUAUAAGACACCUGGCCUCGCAGAUAACUCUCAGCCUUAAGCCCAUUGCCUCCAUGGGCGUGUCUGUGGUCGAAUCUACAGUGGAAGCAAACUCAACUAUUGCAGAACUGAAUAUGAGGCUGCAGAUACUGUCUGCCUCACACCAUGCCAGACCAUAUAUAGCAGACAUUGAGGAUAUUCGCUCUAUGCUCUCAUCUAUGAUAAAUUUCCUUGAAAAUGUAGAGGCGCUGCAAAAGAAGUGGGCCAUGUGGGAGCCUUUCUUUCACGUGGCAGACGUGAGGCUUCACCUGAUGCAAGCGACAGCGAUCUUCGACUCUUUGAACGAGCGUUGGAGAAAGUUAUCGACACUCAUGACCUCAGAACACUUCCUGAAAGCUGUUGCUCUUCAGGAGAACCUCCAAGAGGAAGUCAAGUUUUUGUCGGAAGAGUUUAACAACAUCGCUCAACACGUCAAGCCUUAUCUUCAAGACCGAAAAGAGCAAUAUUCACGAUUUUGGCUUUUGUCUGAUGACGACCUUGUCUCAGCCAUAUCUACUGUGUUGGACGGACAACAUGCAAAGCCAUUUCUGUCGAAGUUAUUUACAAAUGUAGCCAAAAUAAAGCAGGAAAAAAAUAGUCACUUAGGAGCACUGGAAAUUAUCGGAGUAUAUUCUAAAGAGGGCGAAUUCCUCGAACUAAAUUCUUACAUUCCCAUUCUUGGUUCUUUUGACUCCUGGCUCAAGAACCUCUCUUCUGGCAUAGAAGCAACACUUAAAGAUAACGUGAAGCAGUGUAGAAAGAGCAUGAAGUCUGUUACGAUGAAAGUAGAUGAUAUUGUAAAACUAUGGCCCAUCCAGGUCACUGUAAUCGCUUUUGUCAUGCACUGGACAGUAGAAAUAAGUCGAGCUCUGGCUAAAUUUAAAGGGCAUUUAAAUUCAGAUCAUCUCCAAGUAUUUAAAAAGAAAGCGAGGGACUCACAGCUGAGGCUCGACGGCAGUCUGCAGGGAAACUUAUCCAAGCUCAUGCGAGAGAAAAUUCGCUUGUUUUAUCUCACAGUUCUCCAGAUGAGAGACUUCCUCACCUCGGCGUCUGAAAGCAGGAAAGGUCUCUCGAGUGAGAACGAAAUGCUGCUACGAUACACCUGGGAUAAAGAUUCCGACAACAUGUUCCUGCAGAUCGGAGCCAUUAACUUGACUUACUCGUGGGAAUAUCAGGGAUUGUGGUCCUUUGCUGCAUUUACUCCAUCCAUGACUCGCUCCAUUCUUAACCUCUCAAGAGUACUGUCUCGGGGCGUGGCUGUUGGCGUGCUGGGUUCUGACGACUGUGGGAAAACAGAGACUAUUAAGACGAUGGCUCAACUUCAUGGUCGCCACCUGGUCAUAAUAGCCUGCACUCCUACCCUCACUUCUGUUCAACUGGUGCAGUACCUCUUAGGAACCUGCCAAUCUCACUCUUGGCUACUGCUAGAGGACGCUCACCACCUCGAUCUCGAUGUUGUGCCAGUUCUCGGGGAGAUGCUCCGGGUGGUGCAAGACGCCCAACGAGUGGUGACCGCUGCAGCAGGAGCUAAGGCUGGUGGUGGUGGGGGGACGAGGGGCAGCAAGCUGCACCAACCACCAACCAAGAUUCUGGAAGGGGUGGAAAUGGCUGUGUCCCCUCUGGCUGCUGUUCUUCUCGAGAUGGUACCCAGCCACCCUUCUUCUCUCAAGACAAUGGACAUACUGAAGCAACAGUGUAAGCCUGUUGUCAUCUUUCCUCCGGAUUUACAGGUGAUAACGGAGUGUGUGAUGCUGGUGGAAGGCUUCAAGGAGUUCCGGACUCUGUCGGUAAAGGUGAGCGAGGCUGUAGAGAGCUUGGCCACGGCGCUCCCUACCCGCUACCGGUGGCACCUGAGCACCAGGAGUCCCUCCGCUAUCGUCGCCCUGGCCAAGGACAUCAUGAAGAGGAUGCCUGAAAUUGACGAAAUUGACACCGUUCCUCUCGCCUUGAGAGAGUACUUAAUGCCGCAGCUGAAAGAUAAUGACUUGCCAGUGUUCAAGGAGGUGUUUGAGCUGCUGUUCCCAGAUUUCGACGCUGUAUCUCCGGCCAACGAUGUACUGAAAGAAGCUCUAGUAAUAGAAAUGAAGGAGAAUAAUUUAAUUGUCAAAGACUAUUUUAUCGAGAAAGUUCUUAAAUUACAUGAGGCUAUUUCCAAAAACCAAUUUGUUUUACUAUUUGGAAAUUCUGGUUCAGGGAAAUCCACAGCACUGAAGAUGCUUGAAAAGACGAUCAACAGACUUAACGAUGAAAAAAACGCAAGCUUCAAACCUACCAAGAUGGCCGUACUCAAUCCUCUGAUACUUGAGCAUGACGUACUGUACGGUCCUGGUGAAGAAGUAGCGGUGAAGGCGGGUGAGGGAUACCUUCCUCAUGCGAUCAGGAGACUACAGAAAUCUGACCUUGCCUCUGAAAACUGGCUCAUCUUGGAAGGACCUCGAAAACAUUGCUGGCUCAAGAACUUCUUUCAUCACGUGCAUUUCACAAACAAUAAUUUCCUCACUGGCCAUCGACAAACAAUCUCACUUCCCAGUAACUUGAAGAUUAUGCUUGAGGUCUCUGGAGACAUUAGUCACCUCUCCCCAGCCGAGUUGACCUCUUGCUACGCCGUCUUCUUCCCUCCACAACACCAUUUGUGGGAGGACAUCAUCCAGAGCUGGCGAGCUACCAUUACAAAUAACAGGAUCUCACGAGCGCUGCAGACCUUAAUAAAGAAGAAUCUUCCGAACUUUAUAAAUAUCCUCGACUCGGAAACUAUCACAAAGCCACAUAUGAUUAUGAAAGCCAAGGCAUUUGUGGCUAUCAUGAAAUCUUUUAUGGACACUGAACUAGUUAAAGCCGAUCCAGAGGAUUGGGUAGCUAGGCUUUCACCAGUGUUCAUAUUCAGCAUCAUUUGGUCUUUCGGGGCUGAUAUCUCCGCCGCAGAGGCUGCAGAGUUCCAGGAGGUGGUGACAAGGAUGAUCGAGGACGUUCCGGAGGGCGGCAUUUAUGACUACUAUGUAGAUAUAUCCACUGGACACUUUGCCCCAUGGAACAAACUAGCACCAAGUUUAGAAGAACUUCCUCUGCGCAUUCCAGUAAUUGAAUAUAGUGUCAUUCCCACGAACAGAAUUAUUAAAUUCUCAAAGAUAGCCCAAAUGUUAAUGGCUGAGGGUAUUCCUGUUCUUCUCAAAGGUGUUCCUGGAUCAGGUAAAACUACCAUUAUUAAUGUAUUAAGACAGACUCCCGAUCCCACGAAAGAGGUGAUGGUACUCAGCCAAACAGCGUGUACUCAUGCUAAGGAUAUUCAAAGCACUAUUGAAAACAGUCUUAUUAAGCAAGGUAAGAAUGUUCUUGCCUGUAAAAAAUCUAAGUUACAUUUGUUGAUUGAUGAUCUUCAUUGUACUGACGGAGACAGACAUUUACAUGAAAUUCUGGCGACAGUAAAGUUCACUGCAAAUAAUCGGAAACUGUAUAGCCAUGAGAGCAUGACCUUUCUUAAGAUUCCAGAAAUAUGUUACAUGUUUACUUUUCAAGCGACAGAUUGUGACUUUGGUCAAGAAAAAACGCAAGAGAUAAAAGACCAUGUUGAAACUUACUGGCCGGAGUCGCUUCACAUUCUGACAAUGUCAGAUUUGGGGAAUGAAGAGUUGGAAGCAAUCUUCAGUCAGCUGUAUGAUAAAACUCUUGGACAUUUUGAACAGGAAGUGAAAUGUUUAAAGUCCGUGGUAGCUGAAGGAAUUAUUUACCUCUAUCAACGCAUGGGAGAGAAGAGCCAGACUGUGUGUGGAGAUCAUCUGCCUCUCAUCCAUCAUCCUCGACAAAUAGUAUCAGUGCUGAAGGGUCUUCAACUAGCAGAUGAAGAAACACAAGAUCGAGACAACUUCUUGAAACAUCUUACCCAUGAGUGUUACAGAGUGUUCCAUGAUUUAGGCGUUCUACCUUCAUCCGACUUUGACAGCUUAAUGAACCAAGUUCUCUCAGAAUUUCUCUGCAUAAGUCUCAACGCCGUCAGUGCGGAUCCCGCCUCGUUUUUACUGACGCGGCUUGGCAACAACGACAACUUUUACGAAGAUUCAGAUAUAGAGAAGCUACGACCGAUUCUACAAAGCGCUGGAAAGGCUCUUGUUGGCGAAAAUAAAAUGUUCGCAAUCCACAACAGCCUCGUUCACCAUACUGUUCGUCUUCUGAGAAUUCUAGAAUGUCACGGUGCCAGGGGAGGAAGGCCUACGGAGGACACGUGCUCUUCAGCAGUGCCAGAGGGUAUUGGGGGCCACCUAAUACUGGUUGGUCCUGAGGGCUGUGGGAAGAAAACAUGUGGGCGUCUCGCAGCCUCGGUUGCUGGCUACAAAAUCUAUGACGUUAUUGGAACUGAAACUGAAGCAACAGUCCAAACUAAAAAUAUCAUCACAGAUUUAGAGAUGGACAUCCCAGUUCUUGCAAUAGUUGACUGGAAUAUUUUGGAAAAUGCUAGGAAUUUGAAAUUUUUGAAUGAUUUACUUGUAGAACAACAAUAUACAGACAAGGCAAAAGACUGGCGAACUAACGUCAAAGUUUGUAUAUCAGUUCCAGCCUUGGAAGAAGCUCAUGAGAUCAUGAAAUACUUACCUGCUGUUUCAGCUUUCUACAGUGUUGACACUUUCCAUAAAUGGUGUGAGGAGGACCUACAAAGCAUCGGAAAGCAAAUUCUUAUGGAAUCUCUAGACGAAAAUAUCGCAGAGAUAAAAGCCCAAGCUGUGUCAGAAGUAAUGGCUUUCAUACACUGCAACACAGGAUCGAACCCUUCUGCAAGAUUUUUAGAAUUUGUCACAGUGUUUCUACAAGUGCAUAACAAGCUGCUUAGUGAUAUCGUUAAAGACAAGGAAAGACUCAAAAUAAGUAUUGUGAAGUAUGAAGACACUCAGAAGCGGGUGACAGAACUCUCAAAACAGCUGGAGGAGCAGCGGGCACAGGUGACCUACAUCCAGCAGUCUUGUGGGGGUGUUGUCCUCAAGAUGAGAAACAUCAAGUCUGAGCAGGGAAGGCUGGAGCAGGACCUGGCCAAGAAUGCUGUGCUGCUGAAGAGACAGAAGGACGAGUCAACCAGAAUAGGAGAACUCAUCAGCCGUGACCUUACUGCCCCUAAGCUAGAAAUGAGAGCCAUUCAUCGCAAGUUGGAUCGUAUUACUAAAGCAGAAUUCGAAAGUCUGAAGAGCCUUGGAAGGCCACCAAAAUGUUUAGAAUUAGUAUUCGAUGCUGUGCUUACAACGCUUGGGUUAGAUCCAUCGUGGAACGAAGCUAAAAAACAAAUGUCAAAUGGAUUAAAUUUUGUAUCGUCUAUUAGAAAACUUUCCGUCGAGGACACAAAUGAAAAAAUUCUUUCAAGGAUCCAGUCCUACCUGAAAAUGGAUGAAUUAAACAUUGACAAAGUUGCAAAGGAAUCUUUAACAACAGCAACUUUUCUCAGUUGGUUACAUACAUUUGAGAAAUAUGUUAGAGUGUACAAGGACUACCAUCCACUCAAAGUACAGGCAGACGUAAUCGGCAGAGACAUCGAAGCAACGGAGGAGGCCAUUAAGCGCUAUGGAGACGAUCUAGCUGGGUUCAGCAUGGAGCAUCACAUUCUUAUGGCGCAACUGAAGGAGAAGGAACAUCACCUGGAGGCUGCUGAAGAGGAGAUGAAGGUCCUGGAGGGCAGGAUACAGCUCGCCCAGAAGGUGAUGGCACAGUUGGGCGAGAAUAAGAUACACUGGGAAGAAGCUCUCUCUCACUCCAGCGUAAACCUUCGCAACAUCUUUGGUGAUGCCGUCUUGGCUUCAGCUUUUGUGACUUAUAUUGGAGGAUUUACAUAUUAUGAGCGACAAAUUAUCCUUAAAAAAUGGCAAGAGAAAAUGGACGAAUUGUGCAUAUUUUACACUAAAGAAAGAAACGUUCUGGACAUUUUAGCUCCUUUGGAGUCACAGGUUAGAUGGCAUGAGGAAGGUCUGCCUAUAGAUGCAUUUUCCCUCGAAAAUGCUGCAGUCAUUUGUAACUCUAGCCUUUCGCAACUGGUCCUUGAUCCACACAGCAUACUUGACCAGUGGAUCUGCAAAUGGAAGGACUCAGUGGAAGUUGACCUUAACAAGAGUGAUUACAUAGACGAAAUUGAGGAUAUUAUGAAUAAAGGAAUGACUUGUGUAAUAAUACAAGAAGAACUAUCACUUCCAAUACAUAUCCUUCAAAUUCUUGAAAUGGAGCCAAUAAGGUCAGAUGAUGACACCAACAAAACGUUCAUAAAAGUCGGAGAAAAGAAGAUGCAAAUCCACGAGAGCUUUAAGCUUAUAAUACUAUUAAAACAGAGAGAAACUCGCAUCAGCAACAAUAUUAGAACUCUGGUCAGUGUAGUGAAUAUGGAGAGUCAGCAAGAAGGUCUGGAAAUGCUCCUGACGGCUCGGGUCGCCUCCCACUGUCAGCCGGACUUGACUGAGAUGCUGAAGAAAACCGAAUGGGACUUACUGGACCGACAAAAGCAGCUCGCUGAACAAGAAGAGGCAAUAAGGAAUCUUAUGUCCCGCUUUGAUGAUGACGUUCUAGAGGAGAGUACUCUCAUGGAGAUGCUGCAGACGGCGUGCGCAAAGGCGGCCGAAGCUAAGAAGAAAUGCCACGACCUCCGCAAAACUCUGGAUUCAGCCAAGGAAGGGACUAACGCAUACAGGAAAAUUGCAGAGUUGAUGACGCGACUUUAUCUGAUGGUGGAGCGCUUUUCCCGCUUGCAGCCUUCCCUCACGAUAGGGAUAAACCGCUUCAGCAUCCUCAUCUUAGGCGAUAUGCAGUCUCAGAGCCUUGCACCGCCCUGGGGGAGGAUGUUGGACAGUAACACCGUCAUCAAGAUGCUCCAGUCACUCUACCGACACUUGCAGGAGCAAGUGAGCCGGAUCUCCUUGGUGACUGUGGGACUCCUUCUGGCCAUGUGGUACGAGCGUCACCUCGGCCUCCUGACUCCUCAGUUCUGUUCUCUCCUUUACACUCCUUUGCUAACGCAGGUCGGCCCUCCGUACUGCCCAUUAGACCUCAGACCUCUCCUCAACUCAGAGUCCAACAUUAUGAGCCUACAGCCCUUGCAGACUAAUCCAGCCAGAGCUUCGCGUCCCAAUUGGCUCACAGAACGACAGUGGGCCCAGGUGUUGGCUCUGUCAACCGUUGAACCAUUCUGUGAACUGCCGGACCAUAUGCUGACCUAUAAACAUUUGUGGCGUGUGUGGUAUAUCACGGAACAGCCCGAGGCAGGAGCACUUCCAAAAAAAAUGGAGAGAAAAAUACGAGGCAUAGCUAAACUAAUUCUUAUUAACUGCCUAAGAUCAGAUCGCCUGGAUGAAGCAGCCAUGCUAUACGUUCAGCGAGUUCUGAAACAAGAGGCUAGCGAAGCCACAGCCAAGGCUCUACUCUCCGCGGCAAGUAAAGGCACUGCCUCAGAGCCCAUCAUCGUCUACAGCUCGGAGCCGCUGGAUAUAGAAUACAUUCUGCAGCAAGUUCAGCCCCUCUGCCACCCUAUCCUGUCAUCUUAUCCCGAGUCCCUGGACGUGUUGGCUCUGGGUCAGGGCAGGGAGCGGAGCCUCAGUGUGCGCCUGCACCAUUCUGCUCAGAAGGGUUACUGGAUGCUUCUGAAAAAGAGCACGGCUGCUGCCUCAUGCAUUAACUACCUAAAAGAACUUCUUAGAGAUGACUUGAUUAAAACAGCGCAUAAACGAUUUCAGGUUUGGAUGUACUUUAACAGCGAUGAUGAGUUGCCAAGCAGCUUAAUGACUUCCUGCCAUAAGGUCUAUUUAUGUUUACCAUCAACAAUCAAGGAAUACCUGCAUCAUUUGUAUGAACUUGUCGGAGAGAGUCGCUUGUCAGUCUACAGCAAUGAGUGGAGCAAAUGGUGCCUGCUCAGUCUCGCCCUGUUCCAUAUAGCAUUUGUGACGCGACAGACUCUAGAAAACAACAGUACUCCUGUUGCACAGAUCCUCGGGGAUGCUCAGUGGGAGGAGGCAGAGAAUGUACUGAGGACUCUGGUGGCCGGGAGUCUCCCUCCAAACAGCAGCAUCCUCCCGACCCUUACGGCCCAGCUCACUGAUAUCUAUGUCUCUGGGGCACUGACUGAGGAAAGUCACAAUGUUCUCGCCCAGCUCCUGCACGUCUAUGUCUCUCCUGAAGCUAUACAGAAUGUCCCAGGGAGAGUCUCUGCUCUCACCCACUUUACUGUGCCCAAAACCACCUCGCUGGUGGACCACGUGACUCAGAUGGAAUUCAUCUACCUGGCUCAAGCUGUCUCCUUGACCGGCGUCGCACCGAUGGUCAUCCUAAAGAACCAGAGAGACGAGGCUCGAGAUAUUAAUAUUGCUCUACGAACCAUCCACGAAACCCCAACAUUAAGCCACUCUGUUAAAGAAAUUGAUUGGUUAAAAGGUUUUAAUACUAAGAAAUUUAAGAAAAUACAAAAAUUACAAGUCCAAGGGUCUCUUCAAUCAAUCAUAAAGCAGGAGAUUGACGAGUAUAUUAAAACUUCAGAAAACACAUCAAUAAAACUAAAGGUUUGCAAUGACUCAAAUUCCCUCUUGGAGGCCCUUGAGGGUAGCGUUCCGGACUUAGACGUAACGUGUGAAGGUGAUGAUCUGCAGAAGAUUGAAGCAAAAUUAGACCGGCUGAAGGCAAGAGGUAACUUUCUUUAUGACAUGGUGAAUCGAGCUGAGCAGCCACGGACCAUUCGACUGGGAUUGCUGUGGGAACCUGCAGCAAUGUGGGCGGCAGUCACCCGCAGCUGCUGGGGUGAGAUCUGCGCGGUUGGACUAGAGGUGGUCGUGGCCACCAAAACUCUGUGCGCUGGUCUGGCUGCUAAAGGAGGCGAAGCAGAAGGUAAAGCCGUGAGUGAGGAGGACGAGAGCACCACGCUGGUGCUGGAGAAGUUGGUGCUUCUCGGAGCACUAUGGGACCCCACAUCCGAAGAGGUGAUGACGGAGACGCUAGGGUCCAGCUUGCCAGCCUCCACCACUCUCGACCUAAGCAUCAUGCAGUGCACACCACGGGUCAAAAAGAUGUUGCGGAAAUCAAGCAGAGUACACCGGACUCCGGUACACAUGAGCGAGGACCCGAUGGCUCCGCCGCUCUUCUGGGUCCACAUGCCCCUCUCUGCCUCCAUCACCAGCCACGUCUGCCUCCUUAGCGGCGUCCGUCUCCUCGCGUCCUGAACCCCUCUACUGUAGUAGUAGUCCUCUCUGGUACCUCCUUGAGAAAUAAAAGAAUUCUUGAGGUGUUCUGAAGAAGUAGUCCCAGUUGGCACGUCUUAAAGUGUCCUGAGAAAAGUAAUCUCAGUUGGCACGUCACGAAGUUUCCUGGGGACAUUAGUUCUUGUAACACAUCUUGAUGUUCUGAGAAAGUAGUCCAUAGCAACUGUUCUUGAGAAAUUGAUCUUCAUGUUAUUAUCAACUGGCGUGUCGUAAAGCAUCCGGUGAGGAAGUUUCUUCACAUAUUUUCAAAGCAUGUCCAGAAGCGACUAGUAGGUAACAACACUGUUAUACAUAACAAGGACAGGUAUAAUGUCCUUCUAGCACUAGAAGGGUCGAUCUUGUACGUGUGGCUUCCGAGGAUCAACAGCCCCGCGGCCCGGUCUCCCGGACCCGGUAUGGUCAUUGUCUAUCUCUGGUUAUGCAAAGGUUAUCUCUGUGUUAAAAUCAGGGCCAGAGCUGUCAAAUGGUACAUAUUCAAGUAAACAUUUUCCAGAUAUUAUGUAUUUCUUAUUACAUCUAUUUAGUAUUAGCAUAAGUUCAAAUUAAAUUAAAUUUCUACACAAUAUUGGUAAAAAUAUGUAGAAAUAUAUAUACAUAUAUAAACUUAUGAUAACUAGCCUUGUACCUUGCAUGUAACCGAUGUUGUAAUCCUUUUUGUGUAAUU